AUUCUAUUUCUUUCCUUGGAUUGGCUUGGUUAUUAGGGUUUAUGGCGGAGGAUUUGGGGGAAAGGUUUCAGAACAUUCAUCUAUCGGCAAAGGAGAGCGGCGGGGUCGAAUUGGAGGAUGGGGAUGUGCGUAUCAGUGCUGAGGAAUGCCGAAGAAGUUUGCUGGGGAAGAUUAUUGGAGAUAGGAAGGCUACCAAAUUUGGAAUCCGCCGUACGAUGAGCUUUGUAUGGCAAACAGCACAACCUUUUGAGGUGAAGGAAUUGGGGCCUAAUUUUUUUCAAUUCAUCUUUGGGUGUAAGGAAGAUAAAGAUAAGGUGAUGGCUGGAGUUAACUGGGUUUUUGAAAAUCAAUACCUAAUUCUUCAAGAUUGGAGGGAAGAUAUUUCUGAGAAUGAUGGCGGCUUCAGUGAAGUGUCUCUAUGGAUGCAAGUGCAUAAAUUACCAUUACAUUGGCUGAGCACUGAUGUAGGAUUGAAGAUAGGGAGGCUAUUUCAGAGAGUCAGAAAUGUGAUAGUGGUGAAGGAGGGAGGGACAAAAGGGAGCUUCCUGCGUUUGUUGGUGUCGCAUGAUGUAAAGGAGCCCUUACCUCGGUGUACUGUCAUUAAACUGGGAUCUCGCCAAUACAAUGUGAGUUUCCAGUACGAAAAAUUGGUGAGCUUAUGUUACUAUUGUGGUUUGGUGGGCCAUCUAGAGAGGGACUGUAAAACCAGGCUAGCUCAUAUUGAGGAGGGUCAGGUGCAAGAGGGGCAGUUUGGAGAUUGGAUGAAGGCUGCGGAUCUUGGCAGGGGCUUUGGUUCUCCAUCAAACUCAUAUCCGUCUCCUAGAUCAAACAGCCAGAGCAACUUCUCUAAUCCAGGGGAUCCUUCAAAUUCUGAUAUCCACCAGGGAAAGAAGAGGGAUGGAGAGCAGGCUGCUCUUACAGUGGCUCUAAUUCCAGUAACCAGCUCGGUUGCAGGGGAGAAAGAUGAUGAUAUACAUAGUACUUGCUUGCCAGUAACGCCCAAUAAGGGCGAUCCUGCGGUGGGAGAAACGGGGAGUGCUCAGAACACAGGAAAAGAGUUAUCUAUGGAGCUGUGGAGUGACUCUACAGUUGUAGAUGCUUCUCAAAAGCAGAUGAAAAGCUCGAAGACCCACAAAGGGAAACAACAUGCUGCUGAUGCCAUGAAGGUCCACCUCCCAACAUUUGUUUUUAUUUCUGAAACUAGAAAAUCUAAGUUCUUUGUUGAUACUGUUUGUAAAAAACUGGGUUUUGCUGAUAGGAGAGUUAUUGUUGAUCCUGUGGGUAUGAGUGGGGGUCUUAUGGUGGGUUGGAGUAGGGAGAUUGAAGUUCUUCAGGUGCUUCAUAGUUAUUUCUGCAUUCAAAUUCAGUUCAAGAUUGAUCAAGCUGCACCUUCAGAAUGGAUGAUCUUUAUUUAUGGGAGCACUGAUAGACAAACCAGAGAUUUGCAGUGGAAGGAGGUGGAGCAAAACAAAGAUAUGUGGGGGGAGAAAUGGUGUAUUGGGGGUGAUUGGAAUGAUAUAUGCAGUAGUAAUGAUAAGAGGGGAGGAAGGCAGAGAUCUCCUGGUAGCUGUGAAGGGUUCAACAAAUUUAUAACUAAUAUGGGGAUGAUGGAGGUCACUAUGGAGGGGUACCCCUUUACCUGGGGUAACAACAGGCAGGAGGAGGGCUUUGUGGAGGAGAAAUUGGACAGGGUAUUUGGGUCCUUCUCGUGGCUGGCAGCUAACUCAGGGGCUAAGGUGUCUACUGUUUUCAAAAGUUCAUCUGAUCAUUUUUUGUUACUGCUGGAUUCUGGGAACCAAAAGGGGAAGUUUUUUAAGAGGUUUGUUUUUUAUAAAAGAUGGUUGAAGAUGGAGGGGUGUGCUGAAGAAGUGGGCAAGGCUUGGAGUGAGAAUGUUCCUGGGUGUCCUAUGAUUCAAGUGAAGGAAAAGAUAAAGAAAACCAGAAUGGCUCUAAUAAAGUGGAGUAAACUGGCUAAAUCUGGGAAUGCUUUGAAAAUUGAGGAACUCACAUUGAAACUUGAACAGAUGAGAGCUUUGGGAGGCCAGGUUAACUGGGAUGAAUGGGAGCAUGUCAGGAAGGAACUGGAAGAUUCUCAUUUGAAGGAAGAAGAAUUUUGGAGUCAAAAAGCUAGAUUGCAGUGGCUUAAAGAAGGGGAUCGAAACACGAAAUUUUUCCAUGCUAUGACUCUGUACAGGAGAAAGAGAAAUGCUAUCUCAAGGUUAGUAGAUAAUCAGGGUUUGGUGGCUGACACCCCAGAGCUUAUUGAACUGGCCAUCAUCAAGUUUUAUAAAAGCCUUUUUGAAACUGAGGGAUCUUGGGGAGAGGCUGCAAGAGUAAAUCUUUCAAAGUCAUCUGUGUUUUUUAGUAGGAAUGCCAGUGAUGGGAUCAAAUCUGAGGUGUGUCAGGUUUUGAAUGGGAUUGAUAUAUGCACAUCCACUAGAUAUCUGGGAUUGCCUAUGGGAUUGGGAAGAUCUAAGAAGGAGGUGUUCCAAUUU